AAUUACCAAUUGUGGUGGCAGAGGCGGGUGCUGAAGCCUAGGGUUGGGGGUGACCAGGAAGUGAGAGCCGAGGAUGAGUCAAGCUCUGGCGGUGGCGUAAAGGCUGGAGGAAACACCUGAACAUGUGGAAUCCCAAUGCCGGGCAACCAGGGCCAAAUCCAUACCCUCCUAACCUUGGGUUCCCCGGAGGUUCCAGUCCUGCCCAUCCACCACCACCUGUAAAUCCUGCCUAUCCCCCAGGCCCCUUUCCAACUCCUCCGGCAGCCCCUCAGGGGAAUCCAGCUUUCCCCCCAGGUGGCCCCCCUCCGGUGCCACAACCAGGGUAUCCAGGAUGGCAACCCCUAGGUCCCUACCCACCUCCCUACCCACCACCUGCUCCUGGCAUGCCUCCUGUGAAUCCCUUGGCACCUGGCAUGGUAGGACCGGGAAUGGUGAUGGACAAGAAGAUGAGGAAGAAAAUGAAGAAAGCUCAUAAAAAGAUGCACAAACACCACAAGCAUGGCAAGCAUUCCUCCUCUUCCUCCUCCUCUUCCAGCAGUGACUCUGACUGAAUGCAGGGCCUGGACCCUUCCCUCAAGCCUCUCCAGUUCUGCUCUCCCAUCAAGCUUCAGAUGCCAUCUUGUUACCAGGGAAAAUUAGCUCUUGUGCCCUUCCUCGCUCACCCCCCAAUCUUCACCUUACUCUGCUGGUCAGCCCUAACUGCCUAGGGAAAAUGGGAAAAGAACUCCCACGGGCCAGCAAAGACCUUUUUCUCACUACUUGGAUGAUGAGUUUAGCAGGACUAUGUUUGGAGGAUGAUGAGGCCUUUGAGCCAAAUCCCAAAGACAAGUUUAAGAUCUGUAAAAUGUGUUUGUUUUUAAACUUUUUCGUCUGCAAUACUUGUAGUUGGGAGCUGUUGUGGAGAUUUAACUAUGGAGGAAAAAGAAACUGUUUUUGUAAGGUGGCUGGCACACUUUGGUGAUUCAGUGGCAAAUACAUUUCCCAGCAGGCCUUUAUUGAUCAUACUAACUGGAAGGCUGCUGGGAGGUGGAGUCCAUUUGGAACCUAAUCUCACUCCUUAGCGUGGUAGGCUGGCUCAGGUCCUUCUUAUUCUCCAACUCUCCGUGCAAAUAAAACUGUUUUUCCUUGUCUCUGUU